AUGCCCAGCGCCGGGCGUCAUUCGUACAGCGAGGCGCUACAUAUCUGCUUCCGCGGCGGUGCGUUUUCCGCUGUCCUCGACAUCACGUUCAGCACGCCCGUCAUGAGUGCCACGGAAAUCCCCUUGCUCAUGGACGGGUUUGGCUCGUCAGUCGUAGCGCUGUUCAUGCAAUUGGGCGGGGCAUCUACACCAAGACCGCCGAUGUCGUCGCCGAUAUCGUCGGCAACGCCGACGUGUUUGUUUGAGAGCGUCGCGGCCAAUAUCAUCGGCACCAUUUCCCUCGCCAAGGAAGGCGCGAUCGAGUACCCCAUGUUGUUUGUGUUCUUCCCCGUGGUCGUGCACGCUUUCGACAUUGUCGUGUCCUCCAUCGGCAUAUUGUGCGUGUCCGAGCCCGGGCCAACCGAGUCGGACCCGAUGACCACGCUCCAACGCAGGUACUCGAUCACAUACUUGUUUGCGCUGGCGCGGUGGCUACACUUCGCGUCCGCCGCGCCUGGAGCUAUUCACUGGAGAUGGUACGACAACAUUCCUCCGACGAGGAAACGCCAACGAAUGCCGAAGAGCGAUCACGGUCGCGUGACCGGAUCGAGGAGCCCCGAGGACGCGCCGCUCGGCGCACCGUUGAGAACCCGUUCAGAUCUCCCCGACGAUGACAGCCGCCUGCUGUCGACGAGUGUCCCCCGCCACAUGCUGCCGCUCCACCAACAACUGAAGCAGAUGGCGAUUCAGUGCCGUUGCCAGCUGACAACGACCCGUCGGACUUUGGAACGCGCCGGCGCUCCCACAGCCGCCGACAUUUUCGGGCUCGACCAAGGCCUAAAUACGCGCUUUUAUGCGCAAGAAGUAUCUGGGGCAGAUCAACGCUCUGUAGUGCAAUGGAUCGCGUGGUUCAACCGCGACCACCAUUCCAUCACGAACGAUGAGUUGGUCGCGUGGUUCAAGUCAGCAUUUGUGGAAGCCCCUCAAGACCUGGAUGUUUUGAAGCAACAUCUGCAACGAGCGAUUCGCUUCGAUACGAAGAUCUUGGACGCGGAGUCCCUCGUCGGUCGUAUGCUUGACGAGCUGAUGCGCUCGUUGGAACAAGACCAUCAGGAGUGGGUACUCCAUCAAGAAGGCAAGAUGGUCGUCGAAGUCAUGAUGAAAUCAAUCAAGCCGGAGUCGCUGAAGACGGCGGUUCAAAAGCAGCUGCAGUUGCAGCGGAACAAGGCGUUGAAGAGCGACGUCUUUCGUUACGUGAACUGGCUGCGGACAUUUGCAGCUGGCCACCAGCUGUAUGUGGGACUCGACGACGAGUCCAAACUUUCCCCGGCAGCGAAGCCGGUAGAAGCUCCACGAGGCGGCAAGCCUCAUGUGCCAAGACGCGACAGCGGCCGGGAAGACGCCGCCAAGAACAAUGGCAGAGUCGGCGGAAAGGCCGAAACGAUCGUGCCCAAGAAUGCCGAGCCCUCUGCCAGGAAGGGCUGCUUGAAGUGCGGUGACAUGACUCAUCGUGUGGCGCGAUGCCCGAAGACCGCGCCUGGCGAAGCCGAAACGUCGUUGGCAGCGCAAGUCAAGCGCUGGAAGGAUGGCAUCAAGGUGCUGGUCAACCAGCCGCAGCGCCAGAAGACAGAGCGCGGGGUGCUCUUGGAGUAUAUCGUCCGCGUGGUCGAUGUGCUAUUGGACUCUGGUUCGGACGUGACCGUUGUCACGCGCGGCGUCAUGAAUGCGUUGGACGCGGCCGGUGUCAAAGUUGGGACUGUCUCCCAUAGCGUGCCGCAUUUGGCGUACCCGUAUGGCAGUGACGCCAAGCCAGUUGUGAUGACACGCAGCGUCAAGUUUAACUGCGUGACGCUGGACACAACGUAUGGACCACUUGUGUUGCGCAGGCUGAAGGCCUGGGUCGACGACGCGUCGACUGCAACCGAACUCAUCGUGAGUCGCCCAGUCAUGGAUUUACUGGGCUUCAGCGUUGAAGACCUCCUUGUUGGAGCAAAGAAGAAGAAGGAAGAAUUGGACGUUUCGUCCGUGCCGACGAAUGAAUUGUCCGGAAUGGCGAAUGUCAAGCGCCUGAUGGCGGAGAUGCUGAAUCCGCCGGAGCUUGACUCCAACGACGGGAUGGAGUGUGAUACUCCGGAGGUUUAUCCCAAAACCUCCGUUGAGGACGAAGUGGAGCGUUGCCGUUCAAGCCAUUCUGGCGGCCAAGACAGCCGAGGCGGAGACGCGAGGGCUUGCGCCCUCUGA